AUGGAUGCAUAUCUAAAACUCAUCCAAGACAUCACCCUAGACUUCAACCACUUCGCCCUCACUAGGAUUCCUCACUCGAAAAACACUCAGGCGGAUGCCUUGGCCGCACUCGCAUCAAGUUCGGAUUCUGGACUAAGACGAGUAAUCCCCGACGAGUUCAUCGAACACCCAAGCAUCGGACCACUAGUGGUCGCCAAUCUGAUUCGAGCACAAAUCGAAAAUGCGGAGGAAGUCAAAUACCCACCAGAAGAAAACGUGGAUCAGUCGGAAUACGGCUGCGACAGCCCAUGGCUAGAGCCAAUCCGAGCAUACAUAAUCAAAGGAACGCUUCCCACUGAGAAUUGGGCGGCCCGCAAAAUCAAGACCCAGGCCGCGCGAUAUGUAACGGUAGAAGGAGAAAUCUACAAAUGGAGAUUCUCCGGCCCACUCAUGACCUGCGCCGAAGGCGAAAAAGCAAGAAGAGUAAUGGAGGAGACUGCGAGAAGUUCGCACGGAAGUGCGAAAAAUGCCAAAGGCACGCGCCGACAAUCCAUCAACCCGCAGAAGUCCUCUCGUCCAUCUCGUCUCCGUAUCCCUUCAUGUGAUGGUCCAUGGAUAUCGCCGAAGCAGAAAUGCUUCCUCCUGGUCCUCACAGAUUUCUUCUCAAAGUGGGUAGAGGCAGAUUCCUACGCAAGUAUCAAAGACGUACUAGUCGAGAACUUCGUAUGGAAGAACAUCAUCACCAGACAUGGGUGCAAUGGCCAGGCAGAGACCAUCAACAAAACAGUCCUCGACGGGUUAAAAAAGUGCUUAGGAGCCAAAAAGGGGCGAUGGGCUGAAGAGCUCGAAGGAGUUCUUUGGUCGCAUCGUACGACCCUGAGACGGCCUACGGGUGAAACCCCAUUCGCCCUCGUUUACGGAACAGAAUGCAUGAUCCCCGCGGAAGUAGAAUUUCCCGGAGUAAGGAGAAGAUUCUUCCCCGAACGAGAAGAUCUUAACAGCGCGAUGUUGCUGGACGAACUUGAUCUUAUUAACGAGCGGCGAGAUCAAGCUCUCAUACGAAUCCAAAAUUACCAGCACGCCGCCGCAAAAUACUACAACUCAAACGUUCGCCAUCGCAGGUUCAAAGAAGGCGACCUGGUCCUUCGCAAAGUCUUCCAAAACACUGCCGAACGUAACGCAGGAAAACUAGGAGCAAACUGGAAAGGUCCAUACAAGGUCAUAAAGUCCGACCAGGAUCAUACAAAAUCACAAACAUGCAGGAAGUCUAGAUCCAAAGAACCUGGAAUGCGAUGCAUCUUAAGAAAUACUACCACUAAUCGUAAAGUGGAUCCAAAGAACUACGAGAUGGCUUGA